AUGGCCACUCUCACUUAUAACAUGCAUGGAAUCUUGUGGCAAACUGAUCUAAUCUGCGCAAGCGUCAGCAAACUAUUUGUGGAUAUGAAAAAAGGAACACAGGGCGUACCUCAUGCAGAACUCCGACUGGUUCUUGUAGAAAACGGAACCGACAAAUGGAGCUGCAGCAUAGGCUCAAAUCCCGGAUUAGCUGUAAACAAAGACUCGCCAUUUGAUAUUACUUUUACGGUCAGAAAUGGUGCGGAUACUCCGGCGGACAUAUUGAUGUCAUUCGAGUUUAAAUCAACUGCGUCAUUUCUCGGUUGUCUUAGCAUUCUACGCGGCUCAAAUUCGAUUGGGCCACCGGAAAAUUUAUUUCAGUUCUCUUGCAUCGACAAUAGAGGAAGUCGCGACGUUAUAUUCCAAUGGAUACUGAGGCUUAAUGAAUGGAAAAUCAUCGAUCUUAAAGCACAUGCCGUUGUGAUGCCGCCAGGUCGGAGUCUACUUGGAGAACCACAGCUAGAGUUUGAGAAGUUUAUAACCAAGGAUUACACGGAAUCUGGCUCAGGCGUCAUCCAGACCACUGAAGAUAUUCAAAUUCAUCGAGGAUGUUUCUACUCCGGGCAUGUUCGGGCAACAGGGACUCAGGGUGCAACCAUGCCAUAA